GGUCGCGAGCGAGUGGGAGGGAGAGGGCCGGUGAGUGGAAGAGAGACAGAGAGUCUGGCACAGUCGUCAGCAACAGCAGGGAGACGGAACGAGAGGCGAAAGAAGCCAAAUAGCCAGCUCCUCGCCCAGUGCUUGCUCACUGUCAACGCUUCCCUAAGAUGGCCACCAUGUUGUCGCGGACGAUCAACAUCGCCGAGUCUCUCAGCCGUUUGAACGCCCCUAAGAUCUUGGCUUGUACGAGUAACCUCAACAAGCAGCCGACCAGGAAUCUCAAUGUCCACGAGCACAUUAGCUACAGUAUCCUCAACGAGGCGGGAAUUCCAACUCCCAAAUUUGGCGUGGCCAAAACACCGGAUGAAGCUGCCAAACUCGCUUCGGACUUGAAGACCAAGGAUAUUGUGUUAAAGGCCCAAGUCUUAGCCGGUGGUCGUGGCAAAGGCCAUUUCAAGGAUAGCAGCGUCAGCGGUGUUAAGAUGUGCGAAACACCCGAAGAAGCGAAGCAACUGGCAAGCCAGAUGUUGGGCAAGCUCUUGGUGACGAAGCAAACUGGCGAGGCGGGCAGGAUAUGCAACGCGGUGAUGGUUACGCAGCGGAUGUUCCCACGAAAGGAAUAUUAUCUCGCGGUGAUGAUGGAGCGAGCCUUCGGUGGCCCCGUCAUCAUCGCCUCGAACCAGGGUGGCGUCAACAUCGAGGAGGUCGCGGCGACCAAUCCCGAGGCCAUCACGUACGAGCCCAUUAACAUUAACGAGGGCAUCACGAAGGAUCAGGCCGAGAGGAUCGUCGCCAAAUUAGGACUGUGUAACGUCAAGGACUACAUUUCUGAGAUGAUCGUUAACUUGUACUCUCUCUUCAUCAAGAAAGACGCGAUUCUGCUCGAGAUCAAUCCACUGGCUGAGGACAUUAAUGGGAAAUAUUUUGCGCUCGAUUGCAAAUGUAAGUUUGACGACAACGCGGAGUUCAGGCAGCAAAAGCUAUUCUCGCUACGUGACUGGACGCAGGAAGAUACGAAGGAAGUCGAGGCUGCGAAAUACGAGCUAAAUUACAUUGCAUUGGACGGGAACAUCGGUUGUAUGGUUAAUGGAGCUGGCCUGGCCAUGGCCACUAUGGACAUCAUCAAGUUGCACGGCGGCGAGCCCGCCAACUUCCUGGAUGUUGGCGGAGGCGCCACCGCAUCCGCUGUUAAAGAAGCCUUUAAGAUUAUUACUUCUGAUCCUAAAGUUUAUGCACUUUUAGUUAAUAUUUUUGGUGGCAUUAUGAGGUGCGAUGUUAUCGCCGAAGGUAUUAUUGCUGCGACGAAAGAGCUUGACCUCAAAAUACCUGUUGUUGUUAGACUACAGGGAACCAACGUGGAUGAAGCUAAAGCUCUCAUCGCCAAUGCUGGACUGAAAAUCGUUCCAGUUGACGAUCUCGACGAGGCGGCGCGCGUUGCAGUGAAGCUUUCGACGAUCGUUAAGCUCGCCCACUCUGCAAAUUUGAAUGUUAAUUUCGAGCUCCCCCAAAUUUCCUAAGAUACUUUACUUUAGAUCGACUAUUAUGAAAAUUUGAAGAAGUGAUUAAUUCAAGAGAGAGAGAGAGAGAGAGA